AUGGCCCGACAGAGAUUCGUGGGUAGACCAGGCAACCCAUCGAAAGUGUCCUCCGACAACGGGUCCAAUUUCGUCGAUGCAAACAAGGAGUUGAUGCGGUUAGACAAACGCGCCCUGCAAGACCGACUGUCACCAUCUGGAACCCAAUGUAUGCGGUUAGACAAACGCGCCCUGCAAGACCGACUGUCGCCAUCUGGAACCCAAUGGCACCGGCAGUCACCACGGAAGAGUUUGGAAACGGCGUGUAUGGUCGGUGCGAAAAAUAUUGACGGCGUUAUGUGA